AUGCAUGAUCAUCCAGAUUGCUACCCUCAGAUUCUCUCCACCACGAUCCCCACGAGCACGACCAGGGCAGCCAAACUCCUGGACGGCUUUGAGAAAGAGUUGGAGAACAGUGGAGGCCUGGUUGUCGGCGGGCCUGAGCAAGAAAUCACGUACUGUAUGGUCAUGUCCGUCAAUAAUCCCAUGGAUCACAAAACCCCAAAGGAUCAGUUUAUGGUGGCCAUCAAGAUGCCAGAGGGCCUGUGCAAGGCCAUCCACACAACGAAGGCUCAGUCGUAUACGCUCACGCUGGACUCGCACUCCCAGACCUCGCAGAAAUCCUACGUAAUGUCGCAGCGUGUGGCGGUGGACGCCUAUGAUCCUGGAAAGCUUGGUGAGUGA